AUGAGAGUUCGGUGCCCGGGCAGGCAGCCAAGAAGUGAAACCACGAGCCGCCGCUGCGAUCAGCUGGAAGGGAGGGCAAAGAGACUUGGGCCGGGGCAGGCGGCCAGAAAGGAGCGCGGUGGGGGCGGGGCGCUCGCAUUGAGCGGAGAGGGAAAACACCCACUAGACGCAGGUUUUCCUUUUGACCGCAAAGCUCUCAGGGUCCGGGCGGGGGCCAGAAUGGAGCGCCGAGGGGGCGGGGCUCGAGGGGCGGGGAAGAACAGGUGCCAGACCUGCCUGUGUUUCACACUGCAUUCCCAGGAAAUUCCUGUCAGCCAGCAAGGCCCGGGUAAUACGUCCGCUGGGUCCCAGCUCUACAGUCCCCUGAACCUUAGGUCCAAUGGGACAGCCGGUGACCUAGAGCAACAGGGUGAUUCACCUGCCAGGCUCCCCAUCCAUCAAGUCACUAGUCUUCAGCGCUCCCGGUCCCCAAGGGCAGCGGCCGCCAGCCCCGCGUUCCUCCAGUGCCUCCCGCUUCUGCUCCAGCUGUCAGGCUGGUUCCGAGCAGAGAGGGCCGACCCUCACUCUCUUUCCUAUGAUGUGACCAUCACCCCCAAGUUCAGACCUGGACCACGGUGGUGUGUGGUUCAAGGCCAGUUGGAUCGAAAGACUUUCCUUCACUAUGACUGUGGCAACAAGACAGUCACACCUGUCAGUCUCCUGGGGAAGAAAAUAAAUGCCACAAAAUCCUGGAAAGAACAGAACCCAGUCCUGAGAGAGCUGGUGGACAUGCUCACAGAGCGACUACUUGGCAUUCAGCUGGAGAAUUACACAUCCAGGGAACCCCUCACCCUGCAGGCCAGGAUGUCUCGUGAGCAGAAAGCCGAAGGGCACAGCAGUGGAUCUUGGCAGUUCAGCCUCGAUGGACAGAUCUUCCUGCUUUUGGCCUCAGAGAACAGAAUGUGGACAAUGGUUCAUCCUGGAGCCAGAAAGAUGAAGGAAAAGUGGGAGAAAGACAAGGAUAUGACCACAUCCUUCCAUUACUUCUCACUGGGUGACUGCACAAGAUGGCUUGAGGACUUCCUGAUGGGCAUGGACAGAACCCUGGAGCAAAGCACAGGAGCCUUGGACAUCACCUCCUCUUCCGCCACUGGAGGAGGCACCCCCCACCAUGGCCCCAGACACUGCCCAACCCAAAGCCAUGCUCAGUCCCUGGAGCCUCUUCAUCAUCCUCCUCUGCUUCAUCCUACCUGGUACCUGAGGAGAGUCCUCUGUGAAGGGAGGAGAAACUAG